AUGAAUCAACCUCCUAAGCUAUCGCGCAAUAUUCUAGAAGUGACUUUUGAGACGGUGCGCCACAAUAAAACAAUAAAUACCUCACUCAAAUGCCAUGGCCACACCAUUGCUAUGAAUUUCGACACUGUUAAUAAAUGUUAUGAUAAUUGGAGUCGUUGUAGUCCACAAACACAGAUGCCACACCACAGCAUUGCUAUGAAUUUCGACACUGUUAAUAAAUGUUAUGAUAAUUGGAGUCGUUGUAGUCCACAAACACAGGUCGGCAAUGGUUACCUUUGGAAACCUUGCGAAGAGUACUGCCAAAAGUGCAAAGGAAAGGCAACCGGUAGUUGUGAGCCAGUGCAGAAUCAAAUGUGCAGUGGUGGAUUUCAGUGCCAGUGCAAAGGAGGUUCAUACCCCAAAUCAACAAAUCCUAUAGAUAAUGCGACUUGCAAACUUGGCCUCUGAUGCAAGUGGAGAAACAAGUGUGUCGUGAAUACAGUACACUAAUCUAUCGUGAUGAAUGAAUUGAUAAUCAUGUCUUAUUUGGUAAUAUUGUUGCA